AUAAAUAACAUGUUGAAAGGAAGACAGGGACAAAGAGGGAACUCAGAUUUCCUUUAAAUCAUCGUUCAGAAACCUCCUCUCUCUCUCUCUCUCUCUCUCUCUCUCUCUCUCUCUCAACAAACUCCGAAUUUUCAAAUCUGACGGUGAAGAAUACACCUCAUUUUCUCACAUACAUAUAAGCACACCCUACUUAUUAAUACCUUAGUUAUACAUAUAUGAUCCAUAUGUGUACACAAAUAUACACGUUCACAGGGAUGAAUGACGUCGUAAACAUUAAUCUGCUAAUGGUUUUAACUCUUCUUUAAUAAGCUUUUUGCUUGUGCGUGUGUUUACUGUGUGCUGUAUCAGUUUUCCAUCUUGUUUGGGAUCUUGAAAACGUUGAAGAUCGGAUCAGGAUCCGUAUCUCUUAACAAGCGGUUAUGUUUUUGUUUUUGGAACAAGAUCAGUGUGAUUGAUAUCGAGAUUCUUGAGACAAAUCCAAAGUAAAAUCUGAAGGUGAAGAACAAAGAGAAGAUCUGAAGAUCAUGUCUUCUUCAAACUCACCUUGUGCAGCUUGCAAGUUUUUACGCCGAAAAUGCACACAAGAAUGCGUGUUUGCACCAUACUUCCCGCCGGACCAGCCUCAGAAGUUUGCAAAUGUACACAAAGUAUUCGGGGCAAGUAACGUGGCUAAGAUCCUUAACGAACUCCCCACUAACCAAAGGGAAGAUGCAGUUAAUUCGUUGGCGUAUGAGGCUGAUGCGAGGCUAAGGGAUCCGGUUUAUGGAUGUGUGGGACUAAUAUCUGUUCUUCAGCAUAGGUUAAAGCAAGUCCAGACUGAUUUACAUAAUGCUAAAAGAGAAUUGGCUAAUUACAUUGGGCCUUCUAUGAUGUUGCCAGUUUUGAAUCAAGGGUUUGUCCCACAAAUCCAGAAUAUGCCACCUUCGUCGGUGCCGGUUUUACCUUAUAACAUGCAGCCCAUGCUGGGGAUGCCAGGUGCCGGAAGUUUCCGGGACCCUCAGCAUCACGCCCAAAUACUCGAGGCACAACAACAACAAGAACAACAACAACAACUGGUGGCGGUUGCUAGUUCCAGAGAACAACAAGAAAUGCUAAGGAACUAUCAACCGCCACCACAUCAGCAGUCAGCUGAUCUAGUAAGGUUUAGUGGUGGCUUGGAUGUGGCAGCAGGUUCAGGGCAGUUGACUGGUAGUGGGUUCAAUCUUAUGACCGCUCCCGCAGCCAUGUCACCGGCUUUAGGGUUAGGUAGUUCUUAUGUUAGUAACAUGUAUCAGAUUCAACCGCAGCCGCAGCUACCACAAGAACAAAAUCACCACCUUCAUAUGCAACCACAUCAGCUGUUGCUCCAGCAAGAAACUCAGCAGCCACCGCCCCCAGAGCAUAGAACAGAAGGCGAGGAGGAUAGGAGUGUUGCUCCUUCAUGUUGAUUUGGUUAUGCUGAGUUUUCUAAACUAUCUUCAGCUUUUCUAAUUCAUUUAUCAACUUUCAAUACAGGUUUUUAUGGUGAGAAGAGAGAAGUACAUGAUGCAUCUUAGAUUGUGGAAAACUUGUAUUCUUCUUUUGUUUCUUGAGAUUUGAGAUUCUAAUUGUUUUUUUUUUUUUUUUUUUGGGUCUCCUUUUUAAGGAUUAUUAAUUUAAUACAAAAAAGGCAAUUUGCCCUUGUUAUAGAAAAAUAUUACAAGUUAAUAUUGGGUAGAGGAUGGAGUGGUUGGAUGCUCAGUGUUGAUGGAACUAAAGACGUGGUUUGUAUGCAUAACUCAAUACCUUAAUUCUAUACCA